AUGGGGCCCCUAGAAGAACGUAAGGAUCUUCUCGAACUAAAACGACUCCAUCCACAUGCGCGGUUUAUAUCUGGUAAUUCGGAAUUGGCAAUCGAACUGAAAUUCCGGUUCAUCGAUUUGAAACUCGUUAUUAAUCCUCGUCAGGUGCCUGAUUUACAUGAAGUACGAUUGGACAGCAAUGGUCUAUAUAUGGGCACAGGCUUGAGCCUUACAGAAUCGAUAGUUUACCUCGUCAAGACAUGGACAUGCUUUCGCGAAGAACGGUGCGGAGUAUUCAGAGCAGUUCAUGAGAUUAUGCAUUGGUUUGCUGGAAAGCACGUGAGAAAUGUAGCGUCAGUGGCCGGCAAUAUCGUUAACCGCCUCUCCCAUUUCUGA